UAUAUUUUGUCGUCAAUUUUGAAAAAAAAACAACAUAUUUUUAACCAAGUGAAAAGUUGCUAACACACAUCCAGCAAGCCGGAAUAAAAUAAUGUUUUCAAAACUAUAAAUACCAUUUUACUUGACAUAACAACAUUACUUCCAGAAAUGAAAGCUACUUUUAACAAACAUUUUUUGUAUAUUUAAUUAAUGUAGGCCUGCUAGUGCUAGUGUCUAGUAGUACCAGUUUUUUAUUAUUAGUGGGCCAUGGCUACAUAAAAAUUUAUAAAUUAUUAAAUAUACAAUACCAAUUGAUUUACAAUCAAUGUAAGUUUCAAGUGCAAUGACAAUAUAAACAAUACGAUUAUGAAAGAAACAAUUUUUCAAAAAUUUUUGUCAAAUAAAAUUUAUUGUUACAUUUAAUUAUUAAUAUUCAAUCACCACUUAAUUAACUAUUAACAAUUAACUGAAUCAAUUCUGAACUUCAUUAUAAUAAUCAAAUUAAAAAAGAUGCAUUUUCCUACUGCUUUCACUGAGGAAGAAGAAAUACUUAAGCAGACAUUGGCAAAGCUGAAAAAAAAGGUAGGCCAUUUCUGAAUUUAACUUAUUUGUUUAUUAUCAACUUGGGACUUGGUACUUAACAAUUAGGCAUACUCUGCAUGCUAUAUAGGCAUACAUAACAGUACUUUUAGAUUAUGCAUCUUCAGUCUGGGACCCAUUUACCCAGAAGAGCGUUGACAGGUUGGAAGCGGUCUAGCGACGAGCAGCACGCUUUGUCCUAAACCGCUACAGGAAUACCUCUAGUGUUGGCAGCAUGCUGGAAACACUAGGCUGGUCACUAUUGGAGGAACAACGACGACAAUCCAGGCUCUCCAUGAUGUACAAGAUAAAUAAUGGGCUGGUCCACUGUUCCAGUAUUAAACACUAGGCGACAACACUAGACACAUUUGUGUCUAUUGCCUCAAGCUUUAAAACCCCUAGUGCAUGAUUCCCUCACAAAGUGGCACUGGAAAUCAGUGAAAUUUUCUCAUCAACACCAGGAACAGAAACAUUGCAAAUCCCAUCUACAUGCAUAGGAGCCAAAAUGAUCAAUAAAUUGAUCGUGGGCCUUUAAGAUAUAGAAGAAGAAGAGUACUUAUAUUUAAUACAUAAUGUUAUUAUAUGUAAUACAUAAUUAUAACACUUCCGCUGGGACUGGAAAUUUUAAUUUACUGUUACACUGUUACUGUUAUUUUUAUGAACUACCUACCGACAGUACCAACCACUUCUGCCAGCUUACCACAUUAAAUUUAGAUGUUUUUUAUAUCUUCUUUUCACUACAAAUAUUUCCAAGUACCAUGUAUUUAUUACCGGUAUAGCAAGAACACAUCAAACAAAUAAUUAAAUCAUUCAUUUUUUGUGGGGCAUGGACAUGGACUUUUCUUUAUUAUUCAGAAAAAACAACUUCAAUAUUUAAAGUCAGCAGCACUGAGCCAGGAGAAAGAAACUUCCCUCAACAAGACAGCAAACAAACCAGGUAAGGGUAUGAUAAAUUGUUUGAAUAAGAUUUUAGCCAGAUUCAUUUGGUACAUUUGAAACAAAAUAUAGGCCUCAUUUACAGGUCAAGCAGCUUUGUUGAAUAAAAUGUUUUUGUCAAAAUGGAUAUCAUUAAUUAGGAUACGGAAAGUGAUGGCAACUAUUUAGUCUAAUCCAUCAAUCCCUCUGGCGCUACACACCAUGUGGGGCUUUGACCUGCCCAUGAGCACUGGAUGGGCGCCCCCCUCCUGGAUUGAUUGAUUAAAAAUUUUUUUAGACAAAAAUAGACAAAAAAUGUAUUAAAGUAAACAGAAAAUAAAGAGAAAGUAACUAAGCUGAUGCUGAUCUUGUUUUACAGGGUAAUUAUUUUUAUAUUUUCUAUAUUAAUUAUUUUAUGUAUCACUGUAUGUUGUGAGCCAAAAGUAGUUUUGAACAUAAGUAUUUUUAUUAUGUAUAUUUUUUAAGGCAAAUGUGUUAAAGGACGUUAGUUCAUUGUUUAAGAGUAGUCUACCGUUAUCCAGUUACAGUGGAACCUCUCAUAACAAGCACCUCUCAUAACGAGUAAUUCGCAUAACAAGCAAAAAAAAUGUGAAGAAGUUGCUCCCUUAACGUGCGACAUUUCGGGUUACGAGUUAGGCAGAAAGGGGAAGUCCCUUUUACCCGACAUUCAUUUGUGAGCCGGGACUUCCGCGCUGAUGCAUUAGUCUGUGUUUAGCACUCGGUCCGUUAGCGUAUUGUUUUCGUGUGUGAUCACCAGUUUUUACAAAUUUUGUAUUCAGACAGUAUUCGUAAUUUUUUUUAUGUGCAAGUGUAAUAACCUGUGCUAAAAUGUCUUUGAAGAAAAAACAACAAGAAGACAAUCAUAAGAGAGAAAAAAAUAACUGUUGAAAUGAAACGUAAAAUCAUUGAAAAGCGAGAACAAGGUGUGAGCGUGGCUAGUCUAGGGCGCACAUACAAUCGGUCAACAUCAACUGUUGCAUCGUACAUUGAGAAGCAUCACCAUAAUUAGGAGGUAGUUAUUCCUGCUACAAAUUUAUUCAAUGAUAAUGCUGAGAAACAUUUUCUUCAAAUUUUGAAGCAUCGGCAAAAACAAAUGUCUUUAGACAGUUUUCUAGUUAAAAGGAUUAAUUAUUUGUCAUAAAUUCAUAUUUUUAUUGACGUUUUUUGUUUCAAGUCUAAAUUGUAUUCCAAGUUGUUACACUCCUUAACAAUUCAUAAGUAAUUUUAUUUGAAUAAAAGUUAAUACAAUUUUUUGAAAAAUUAAUAUUUUUUCAGAAUGGAACGCGUUAUCGUAUUUUACAUUGAUUUGUAUGGGAAAAAUUGUUUCAUUUAACGAGUGUUUCGCUUAACAAGUAAGAUUCUGGAACAAAUUAUGUUCAUUAUGAGAGGUUCCACUGUACAUUGUAAACUUGUCAACUUGGAUAUCCGGAAAUUUUUAAAACCUCUCAGACAGCCACAGCAAUGGACUCCAGAUGUUGAAGAAAUAACGUUAACUCCUGUCUGCAAAAAACGGAAAAUGGAUGCUGUUGCUUGUUCAUCUGCAGCAGCAAUGCUAUCACCAGAACCAGACCCUGACAAGCUUGAAAGUGGAGAUACUAGGUUAACCUAUUACAUUGGACUCUAUGUAAAAUCUACUACAAAGAUUCUUAUCGAUCUUAAGUAUCGUUUGCUAACUGAUCCAUACACGCCUCACCCGUCAUAUGAUUUUGAAGGCGACAUGUCUGGAAGUGGGAAACGUUGUUUCAGGGAAUCUUGGCUGACCCAGUAUACUUCAUGGUUAUCAUAUUCACCUAGGUUAAAAGGUGCUUUUUGCAUUUUCUGUGUUUUAUUUCCGCAACCAGUUCAAAGAGGAAUUCAAGGUGCCUUCAUUACUACUCCUUGUACAAAGUACAAAGAUUUUAAUGAAUGUGCCAGAAAUCAUAUCAGCUCAGCAAGGUAUUGUGGGUCUCAACAAGAUGCUGAACACUUCGCGUCAACCAUUAGAGAUCCAAAUAAGGAUAUUAUUUGUCAGAUAGAUAAUUCAGUAAAAAGAACUAUUGAAGAAAACAGAAAGAAAUUGUAUCCUAUUAUUUCAACAAUAUUAUUUUGCGGAACAAAUGAUUUGGCAAUUUGUGGGAAAAGAUAAAACCAAAGGAAAUGUCAAACAACUUUAUCCGUAUCGAAUUGAAGGAGGCAGUAUUUUAAACAUCCAUGUUGAUACAGCUGCUGAAAAUGCACGUUACACAUCACACCGAACGCAGAAUGAUUUUAUCAAAUUGUCUGAACAAGCUCUGCGAGAAGACAUUGUAAAAGCUGCCAACAAUGUUGUUGGAUUCUCGAUCAUAGCAGAUGAAACAGCAGAUAUCUCAGGAACAGAACAGUUGUCACUGGGAGUUCGGUUUGUAGAUACGUCUAGUGAAAAGGCUAUGAUUUGUGAGGAAUUCCUUGGAUUUUCUCCGCUGAAAGAUAUGGACGCCGCCACGAUAUCUGAUUGUAUUAUUCAACAUUUCAAAACAUUUGGUCUUCUCCUUAAUAAUCUGCUGGGUCCAGGUUAUGAACGGUUCUCGACAGUGGCCGGAAAAGAAAAUGGUGUUCAGGCAAAAAUUCGAAGUAUUUCCCCCAAGGCUGCCUUUGUGCCUCGCAUAGACUGAAUCUCGUAGUCAAUGAUCUUAAUAAUGUUGCAGUGAUACGAAAUACUAUUGGUACUAUCAAAGCAAUUAUUACAUUUUUUCGUGAAAGCCCAAAAAGGAGGUCCUUUGUCCCAAAUAUUCCUCUUCUGUGUGAGACAAGAUGGACAAGCAAGUAUAAAAGUAUUCGGAUUUUGUCUAGUAAAUUUGAAGAUAUUUAUUGUCAACUGGAAGAAUUGUCAUUGCAUGCAAGUGGAAAUACAUGACAGGCUGCACAUCAGUUAUAUUGUUCAUCAAAGUCCAUCACGUUUUUAUUUUGUCUCAAUAUUAUUUCGCAGUACUCUGCCAUACUGAAACCAGUUACUCAGGCUCUUCAAGCUGUUCAAGUUGAUCUUCCAGAAGUCCAACUGCAAGUUCAAAACCUGCCCAGUGUAGUCAAACUUGACCGAGGUGAUUCCGAUAACUAUUUCAGGGAUAUUUUUGAGAAAACAGUACAACUCGCACAGAAGGUGGAUAUUGAACUGAUUAUCCCAAGACAGUGAGGAAGACAAAAGCAUCGAAGUAAUCCGGGAAACAUAAGUGUUGAAGAGUACUUCAGACAAACAGUUUACAUUCCAUAAUUAGAUUCUCUAAUUAGCUCAAUGGAGAGUCGAUUUUAUGAAGCCAACAGUGCACAAUUUAACUUAGCGUUGCUACAUCCUUCGAAAUUGUGCAAACUGAAUCGUCAACAGUUUAAGGAUACAAUGUCUACUAUUAAUCAGGUAGACCACAUUGAUAAUUUUGAAAAUGAAGCCUUGAGUUGGUUUGAUUUUUGGAAAACGCAAGAAUACAAAAGUAGCCAAGAUUUCAUCGACUUUUUUACCUUUUACAAAGUUUUAUCCGUCUGUCAGGUAUGCCUUACUAGUUUUGCUAACAUUACCAGCAACAACAUGUACGAUAGAGCGAUCGUUCAGCACAUUAUGUCGUGUAAAAACAUGGCUUAGAUCUACAAUGUCAGAUAAACGUCUGGCUGGGUUGUGCAUGUUAAGCGUACACAGAGACAAGGUGAACUGCAACAAAAAAGACUUUAUGGACAAAAUUGUAGAUAUGUUUGGUAGCGAUAACAGACGAAUCCAGUUCUUGUUUAAAGAAUAAAUUUUAUUUUAAAUUUAUGUUGUAAUAUUUUUUGUUAUAUACAUAUAUUGUGUUAAAAAAAAAUUUGUUGCUAUAGUAUGCCCUUCAUUACUACAGUGUCCUGUCCGUUCGUUCACCAUACAAAUACGAUACAGUAAAUUAAAACUACAUUAAAACAUUACUAAAAAUACUUUGCCCCCCCCCCCCCCCCCCCUUAGAAAAUUUUCUGCGGGCGCCCAUGGACCUGCCUCACUACUUCCUUCCACUGAGACCUAACUAAUGCUUUUCUUUUCCAUGACUAGAUUCCCAGCUGCUGUAGAUCUUUUUCCACAUCCAUUCAUCUAAGCCUAGGUCUGCCUUUGGGUCGUUUUCCUCUGGGGUUUGGGUGUUUUAACCCUCUUGGCCUUCUUUCUAAGUGCCCUGCUGAGCGUAGCCUACCCUUUAUUAUUUAUAUUACUAGCGUGGGAUCCUGAUAUAGACUGUACAAUUCCUAAUUGGUUCGUAUUAUCCAUCCAUAUUGAUCUUGUGUUGGUCCAUCAACUUCCGGAUAACUUUUCUCUCCCAUGUGUUUUUCUGACAUUUUUUUUAGGGUCCAAGUUUCACUUGCGUAUAUUACAACUGGUCUGAUUACAGUUGUAUAAAUAGUUUUCUUUGUUUUUCUUGUAAUGUUUUUUACUUUUGAGUAUUUUCUGAUUAUUGAAAUAUGCCCUGUUUCUGGCUGAUAUUCUUUCUUUCAUUUCUGUUAGUAAUUUGUUUCUUUCAUUUAAUAAAGAUCCUACAUACAGUUGAACCUCGUUAUGUCGACGGCCUCAGGGUUUGCCAAAAAGUGUCAAGGUAACCGAUGAUUGAGAUAACCGAAAAACAAUAUGGCGGCAAUAUAUCAACAUGUGCUUGAAAUUUCUUUAUGUACUCGAUGUGGGUUUAUAAAUGAGAAUGUACAAGCACUUGUUUUUGGGUUGUUGUUUUUUUUUACACAACAACGUUACCACGAUUUGUUUGAUGAAGCGAUCGGCAUGCUAUAAAAAUGUACAUACUUGUUUGCUAACAACACAAGGUAUAUGUGGGGUGCCACUUUUCCGGAUUAUUCCGAAAUUCCGGAUUCGUGAGGCUAAAUAUUUUUCAACUCUGAAUUCGUGAGUUUUUUUAUUUUCUCUCGCUCUGGAUUUGCUAGUUCAGUUUAUUCAAAUACAGAUUCUGGGUUUUAAAAAAGAAUCAACAUGUAAGAAUGCGUGAAAGCCUGUUAAACGACAAGUGGGUUCGCUAUAAAUAGAACAGGUACUGCGACUCUCUCUUUUGUUUGCAAGCCUCUUGCUCCUCUCUUCUUGCUGGGUCAAGUUAAUUGCACGGACAAUGAUAUUGUCAUUUCAUUUCAAUUACUUACAGUUUGAAGUAGGCAAAUUUCACAUUGCUGUUCAAAAGCAGGUGACUGGACAUGGGGAUUGAAAGAACCGAGAUUAAGUAGCAAAUUUGGCCGCCUUUUGUGCUCAAGAUAUCAGGGUUCGGCGACAUAAAAGAAUCAACAUAACUGAGGAGAAAAUGCUAAGACAAAGAGAGAGAAUUUGGUGGUUCCACUUCAAAACGUUGACGUAACAGGGUUGGCAAGAUAACCGAGGUCGAGAUAAGUGGGUUCAACUGUAUUGGAAUUCAUUUACUUUUUUAAAAGUCUGCUUUCUAAUUUUAAUGGCUUCAUCUAACUGUUCUUUUCUUAUCAUAGUCAUGUAUUUUGUUUCUUUGGUUGUUAACUUCCAGCCCUGCUGGUAGUGAUGCGUCUUCUAAUUUACUCUAACCCUAACUUUAAAAAUUGCAUUUACUCUAUUGUUCUUUAAAAUUUAAUUUUUAAAAAACAACAGUAUAUACAGAUUAUUUAAUUUCUAAUGACAAGAUCUUUGCACGUGUACAGUUACUGAGCAAUGUCAGAAUUUUCCUAGACCAGUGGUUGGCAACCUGUGAUUCUGGAGCCAUUGCUCUUUGAAGGAAUAGAUGGACCUCUAUUUUCUUUUACUAUUCUAUAAUUUAUAAUGAAACUCAGCUACCAAAAUGUUUUCUCUACAGAUAUAAUUUAUAAAAAUCUCUCCUCACUCAAAAAAUUUGCCGACCACUGUAAAAGAUAUUAGAUUCUUUGACACAACAAGCAUUAAUUAAUCACUUCAUUUUUCAUAUCAAAUGAUAAAUACUUUAUUAAAACUAACAUUGCAAGACACCAUGAUGUUAAAUUGUAAUUUUUUUUAUACAUUACAUUAUGAUCUUAAUUUUUUACUUAAAUUAAACAUUACUUGUAUUCAAAUAAUUUUCAGUUUUUGAUAGUAACUUGUUUAAUAAUAAUAAUUUAAUAAUUGUUUAAUGACAUUUAUGUAAAUAUUUUUCUUGUUUUUAUAGUUCCUGCACCCUCAAUUGAUUCUGCUGAUAAAGCUACAGAACAGGCUAAAAAACUUGUACAGUCUGGGGUAUGUUGAUUUGUAUUUAGUUUUCUCCAUCAAAUGUAUUUUCCUUAAAAUGAACUUAUUUGAUUAUACCAAACAGCAUCAUUUAUUUUGAAUAUAAAUAUUUAAUUAAUCCUACUAUCAUUUAUAUCAUGUUAGUUAUAAUGCUGGUAGGUUGACUGAAAACUGAAAGUACUUAACUUUUUAAAAAAAAAUUGAAAUGAGCAUGUUCAAUGUCUGUCGUCCUUCAACUUACAAAAUCUUUUAAUACAGGCAAUUAAAGUACAAAGUCAAAAGGAGAAAUUUGGAUUCAAGCGGUCCAAGAAUUUUGAAAAAAAGAAAGUGAGUUUUUAUUUUCAUUCCCUUAAAACCAUUGUUUGUGUUUUUUAAAAAUUAAUUUGUAAGUCUAUCAUGGACUGACAAAACGUUAAAUAAUUUAAGAAAAUUGUCUGACAUCAACUGAUGGUUUCAUUAUGUUGAGGCAUCAACUCUUUUGGUGCCGAUGUUGACAUGGGUCCAAAACAAGGGGCUGGGUGCUGAAGUUGACUAAAGUCAACAUCUAGGGGUAGAGUGCUGCUAACAACAAAAACUGUUGAUAAAAUGUCACCUGGCCAUUCAGUUGUGAGCCAGGCCACUAGCAGAGUUUGUGCAGCUGUGUAUAGUGUAGUCUAGCAAGCUGCUUAGCAUGCUAUAGAAGGUACACAUGUUAAUUGCUUCAAUUGUUCAGUCAUAAUUGUUUAUUUUUCUAAAUCCUAAUUUUUGCUUGUCCCCAGGACAAUGAGAAACCUCCUGGUCCAGUUGGCUUCCAGCCAUUUAUGGCAUUUACUGGAGAUGAAGAAGAGGAAAAAGCACCUGUAAUAAAUUGACCAAUAAACACACACACACACACAAAGGGCCGGAUUCACACAUUUCUAAGCCCUAGGUUAAAGCCCAUGAUUUUGCUGCCGCCCCAACCCACCCUAUAAAAAGGAGCUCAUGAAAUUUUUGUCCUUAUUUUUAAAUAAAAGGGAAGUAAAUAUAGUCUUCAAAAGUCAUCCCACUUUAAAACAUAAAACUUUUGAUUCACAAAAAAACAACAACUUUUGAUUCACAUUUAUUAUAUGAACCUUCCGACGGGUGUGCUUUUUCCGCAUUGAGACUGGGCCCGGUGUAUCAAAUUGAUAUCACUAAAGAGUGACUGGUUAAAUAAGAUUAUUUUAUUUGAAUAUUGUCAAAUAAUUUAUUCAUUAAAUAAGAUAAUAAACAAACAAUAUAAAAUGUAAAAGUAAUUUAAAAAAACAACACAUUUUUUAUAGCAAUUAAUAUUAUAUUUGACAUUUAAUAAUGGGUAAAUGCUUUUUAAAAAAAAUUGAAAUAGAUUACACAUUACAAAGACAUUACAUGUAUAUAAAAUAUGAAGUUUACAUAUAGACUUUGUGCUCCUUCGAGUCAGCUGAGUCUGCACUAAUUUAUGGGAUGAUGUCUUUAAAAACACUUUUCUUCUAACAACAGUUUGAUAAAUUACACAAUGAAUAAUUGGAGCCUUGAUAAUAAUAAUAAUAAUAAAGUUCAUUUCAAAAACACGCUUCAUCCCCAAAGGCUCGAAGCGCGGUACAAAGUCAACAAAAAAAUAUCUAUAAUUCACCACAUUUAAAAAAAACGCAACACUACAAAAACUAAUUACAAGCAUACAAUAUCAAAGUCUUUCUAGCCAUUUCAACCCGGAGCAACACAGCAACACAUGGAAAAUAAGGUAGACAAUCAUCCCAGAAGGUAUUUGCGAAAUAGAUGUGUCUUUAGAUCGGUUUAUCAUUCACAACAUUUGACCAUUGGCCAGUAACAUAGAUUUCUCCAGACGUUGUACAAUUGGUCUCACAUCUCUUUCAUGAUGAAAUUUUGUGUCUUGAUGCUGUCAAUAGAUUGAUUUGUAUAGUACAUCACUGAACAGGCAACUCCAGCAUUCAAGAGAGUUUUCAGGGCUUAUAAUUCCUCAAAGUUUUCUAAUGAAAAUGCUACUUCUCAAAUGCACUCAGUUUGAAGGUUAAUUCUUUGUCUUUUAAAAUAAAAAAAUAUCAUUGUCAAUAGCACCUUCUACAUCAUCAUUAUCAACGUCGUCUCCUUUAAACUCUGAAUCUUCAUGACGAAUUUCACCUGCAUCUUGACUUUCAUGUCAAUCUCAUUUUCUAAAUCUUCGUCUACUUCCUUAUCUCCAAUAAGUAUUUUUUUAAUAUCUUCUCAUAUCCUCGACUCUUGGAAUUCUCAAAAUCUAACAUUUUCGUACCACCUUCCAUGUUAGACAGCACAUUUAACCUGAAAUAUAAUAAGGAUCAGUAUAAAUAUUUUGCUUGGGCGCAAUUUAGCAAUUUGAUAUUAACUAUUUAAAAACACAUUAUUUUAAAAUAAGAUAAUGUACCAGAAUAUAUACUAAUAUGAAGAAGGUAACUUACCAGAGUAAAAAAAUAAUGCAGUUGUCAAGGUUCAAAGAAGUAACUUGCAAAUGCGCGGUGUAUCAAUGUGAACAAAACAGCCAAAAUCUGCACACUGAAACUUCACUGAAAGUGUUUUGUGCACAAUAAACAGUCUUGGCCGGUAAAGGAAGGAAAACAUUAAACAACUUAAAAGCUGAGUGCGCUUUCAUUUCUUAGCUGAGUGCGCUUUCAUUUCUUAGCUGAGUGCGCUUUCAUUUCUUAGCUGAGUGCGCUUUCAUUUCUUAUUAUUAGAUUACUUUCAUGUGUAACGCAAAAACGGUUGGCUUGUAUCAAUCUGAUCAGACGCGCCCGACGGAAGGUUAAUUUUGAUUAUGCUGGCAGCAGCCAUAAUGAUUGUUCAUGGGUUAAAAUCAGUUUAAAAAUAUAACAACAGUUUACCGAACUAGUCUCUAUAACUCAUAAGGGGUACAGCGAUUACUUCUUUGGUUCGUUCAAAUUACCCACCCAGAUGUUGUUUUCCAUUAACAGUUAAUAAAAUUGACAUAUUAUGUGUAUAACUGGCUAAGUGUGCAAGAGAUUUGAAAGCUCCAACCUAGUUAUUUAGAAGACCUAGUUAUUUAGAAGACCUAGUUAUUUAGAAGACCUAGUUAUUUAGAAGUCAGAACUAUACUUUCCUGUCGUCAAAAAAUUAACCCAGUUCCUGAAUUUUUUAAAAUUCAAAACUUUGUGGUUCAGUUCUGAUCAAGCCAAGCUCUAUUUAAGGAAAUAGUUGAAUUUUAUUCAAUUUCAUUAUAUGAAAUUUUUAUUAUAGAAUACCUACAUAAAAUAUAAAAUAUUUACAUCGAUUCUCAUUUGAGAUUGUAUAAUUUUAUUGAAAUCUUUUUUUUGCAUUGUGUCAAACAUACAUAACACCACAUUAAAUGAUGCUACACAAACAAGCCAUAAGUUGUGCAUGUUUCAAGUUUUGGUAUAAUAGUAUCAGUGCGGUGUGUGUCCCCCCCUUUCAAUCCUUUAGGCUGUCACCCCUGUAAACCUUUCACCGAUUUCUCCUUAGGUCUUAUUUAUUUAUUUAGGCAUUUAGGCAUUUUAGCGCUUACCUUACAGCUCUAAGGGCUUUACAAUUAUUACAGUAUGUAAGAAGUGUUAACGAUAUAUUUAACAAAACUACUAUCAAUAGAGAUAUAGAAGUCAAGCAAUGUGAGAGUAAUGAAAUAUAGGGCUUAAUUUAUUUAACGCAUAUGGAUGUAAAUUAAAAAAUAAUACUGAACAAUCUUGUAAUUAUUUUCUUUCUUAUUUAUAUAUGCCCCCUGACUACUACUGCGCCCCAUGCCAUGGCCUAAUGGGGAAUCCGGCCCUGCACAAACACACAAAAGUGCUACAUUUGUCUCCUUAUAACCAGUCUCGACCUUCUCUACCAGUCUGGCAAUCUAUUUUUUCAAUUGAAAUUCUUGAUACAAGUACCGGUAACAAGUUAUUUUUUUAUGGUAUUAUUUCUACUGUUGGGUCUGCUGCUUGGGUGUCCACCUUAAUGUAGAUCAUUGAAGGUCAAUGGGAUUGUUCAUCUCAUUAUUGUGUCAUUUCUUAAAGUUAUAGCUGCUACUACUAUUGUAUAUCUCAUGAUUCUGCACUGUCUGCUUUCAGCCGUCAAAGAGAGUCAAAGGCCUUAACGAGAGCUUUGUAUCUGCUGGUUUUGGAAAAAGUAAGAAUUUUUUUUUUAUUUUAUGAAUAUGUUUUCAAAAAUAAAGGAUGUGCUCGGUGUAAAGACUCACUUAAUGCUUCAUCACCUGGCUGAGCUCACUUAAUGCUUCAUCACCUGGCUGAAAUGCUUCAUCACCUGGCUGAGCUCACUUAAUGCUUCAUCACCUGGCUGAGCUCACUUAAUGCUUCAUCACCUGGCUGAGCUCACUUAAUGCUUCUUCACCUGGCUGAGCUCACUUAAUGCUUCAUCACCUGGCUGAGCUCACUUAAUGCUUCAUCACCUGGCUGAGCUCACUUAAUGCUUCAUCACCUGGCUGAGCUCACUUAAUGCUUCAUCACCUGGCUGAGCUCACUUAAUGCUUCAUCACCUGGCUGAGCUCACUUAAUGCUUCAUCACCUGGCUGAGCUCACUUAAUGCUUCAUCACCUGGCUGAGCUCACUUAAUGCUUCAUCACCUGGCUGAGCUCACUUAAUGCUUCUUCACCUGGCUGAGCUCACUUAAUGCUUCAUCACCUGGCUGAGCUCACUUAAUGCUUCAUCACCUGGCUGAGCUUAUGUUUCUUGAAUAGCUUAAUGACAGGGCUAUUCAAACACAACUCAUGGACAUUUUUAUAGUUUAUCUUGUAAUUAAAUGUUGGCUGCAUUUAAAUUCCCUUGGUGGAUUUCAUUAAUCCCCUUGGUGGAUUUCAUUAAUCCACUUGGUGUAUUUCAUUAAUCCCCUUGGUGGAUUUCUAUUUCAUUUAACUUUUUGUAUUUAAAAAAAAAAUGUUUUAAUAACCAUUGGUAACAUUUAAAAAUCAACCAAACGAGGAAUUACAAUAAUUAUCCAUUUUGUUUAUUGUAUUUUUAUGCCACAGAACUUGAUGCAAGGAUUUUGUUGAAUAAGUCGAACUGCAAAAAGUACAUGAUAAAUUUAACAACAUCACCCCAACAUAUUCUUAAAUUUAUGACAAACUGGUACAAUCAUCUGAUAAUAUCUUCACAACUUUAACCCUGCAGGAAGUUAUGACCGCCCAGAGCGAGAUCACAGGGAGCCACCAAAGAAAGGCCCCACGGUCUAUGUUCACGGAGAAGGCAUCACUGAAGACAUGUUGAAGAAAUCUUUCUCGAACUUUGGUGAAAUCCUCAACAUCAACAUGGAACCUGAGAAAAAGUAAGGGGAGAGAAAUUGAGAUCUUUAUCAGGGUAUCUUUUAGUAUUUUGCUUCUGUAGAGCAGUUGUUCCCUACCUAUUUGACUCGUGGAGCCCUUUUUCAAAUCAAUUCUGUUCUAUGUCAUGUCAUACAAGACAGUGUCUACUCUAUGUCAUACAAGUGGAUAGAGUUUAGGUGUUCAUUUUAUUUCCACAGAGCCUCUCAGAAGAACACUUGUAGCCUUAAGACUCUGUACAGAAUUGCAUCAAAUGUGAAAGAAAUUUUAUAUAUUUACAAUUUAUAAAAAAAAUAUAUGUAUCAUCCCCCCCCCCCCCCCACCCCCCAUAUGUCAUAAAAGUGGAUAGAGUUUAGGUGUUCAUUUUAUUUCCACAGAGCCUCUCAGAAGAAAACUUGUAGCCUUAAGACUCUGUACAGAAUUGCAUCAAAUGUGAAAGAAAUUUUAUAUAUUUACAAUUUAUAAAAAAAAUAUAUGUAUCAUCCCCCCCCCCCCGCCCCCUCUCUUUAGAUAUUUAAUUAUUUAAUUUCCUAUAAAACUAUUAAAUUUCAAGACAUUUAACGUAUGCAUGAUUUAUUUAUUUAGGCAUUUUUGUAUAGCGCUUACCUUACUGCUCUAAGCGCUUUACAUUUAUUAAAAAUAUGUAAACUAUUUAAACUGCUAAAGUAAAAUAAAAAUGAAAAACCACAGACACUAGAAUAGUAACUACAAUGUGAAAAAUGACUAUAGAAACAAUAGCUUAAACAUUAAAAUGGCUAUAAAAAUUAGAACACAUUGGCACGUUUGGCCUAUACUACAGGAUCAACCCGAGACAGAAAAUGAGGCAGGGCAAGGAGGGUGCAUCACAGGUCAUAGACGGACCUAAACAGAUGGGUUUAAAGGGACUUUUUGAAAGUGGACGAGGUUUCACAAUGACGGAUGUGGAAGGGGAGCUGGUUCCAAAACGUGGGCGCUUGGAAGUAGAAGGAGCGUUCACCGAUGGUCUUAGUUUUGGUUCUUGGGAUUGAGAGGGUUCUAUUGUCAAUUGAAGAGCGUAGUUGUCUUGUGGGGAUGUAAGGAAGCAACAGUUCAGAGAGAUAGACAGGAAAGUGAGGGUCAGUGAACGAGUUGAAGCAUAGAUUGGCAGACUUGUACUUGAUGCGAGAGGAUAUUGGAAGCCAGUGGAGUUGCCGCAUGUGUGGUUGAAUGUGGUCAUGUUUCUUUGAUUUAAAAAUGAGUCUGCAUGCUGAGUUCUGUGCCUUCUGAAGUUUGUCUAUGUGGUGUUGAGGAAUGCCUGCGAGAAGAGUGUUACAGUAGUCAAAUUUUGAAAGUAUGAGUGAAGAGACGAGAGUUUUUUUGGCAUCAAAGGAGAGGAGGUGUCUAAUGGUGCUGAUUUUUCUAAUUUCGUUGUAUGCUGAUCUGCAUAUGUUCAUGACAUGUUUGUCCAUGGAGAGGGUGUCUGUAAGCGUGACUCCAAGGUUUCUGGCAGAGGAAGAGAGUGUGAUGUCAGAGUUGCCGAUAGAUAUAGAAGAAGGAGUGGAUGGAGGGAGAGGUUCGUUUUGAGAGUGGAUGAGAAGGAUUUCCGUUUUAUCAUCAUUUAGCUUCAGUUUUUCGCAAGUCAUCCAACGCUUUACGUCGUCCAUGCACUCCUGUAUGCGAAGGAUUGUGGCAUCAAGUUGAUCAGGAAAGCAAGAGUCACUCAUUUGAGUGUCAUCACCAAAGGAUUGACUGGAAACUGAGUGGUGGCUAAUGAGAGAUGAUAGAGGUUUAGUGUAGAGGAUGAAAAGGACCGGCCCAAGGACCGAUCCUUGAGGAACUCCAAUAGACAGGGCUGAAGGUUUGGAAGAGCGGUUGAGUUCUGUCAGAAAGAUAAGAUUGAAACCAGUUUAAAGCUGAGCCAGUAAAUCCGAAAGAAAGAUGAAGACGGUCAAGAAGAAUCCAAUAGACAGGGCUGAAGGUUUGGAAGAGCGGUUGAGUUCUGUCAGAAAGAUAAGAUUGAAACCAGUUUAAAGCUGAGCCAGUAAAUUCAAAAGAAAGAUGAAGACGGUCAAGAAGAAUCUGGUGGUCAAUGGUAUCAAAUGCAGCAGAGAGAUCUAACAAAGUGAGAAUAGAGAGUUUGCCACUUCAGAUGGUCCUCACAAAACAUGAUGCAUUUCUAGUAGUGGUUUUCUAAUGAUAUGUGUAACGGACAAUGUUUUCACAUGAAAACAGAGAGGUAGCAUGAGUGAACAGUGAAUGGUGUUGACCAUGUUUUGUCCACGAGGACAAUGAAUUGUAUUUUGAGAGGACAAUGUGAGCUCCACGUUUUUGGAGAGUAAAAUUAUGUUUUUGUCAGAGCGGUUGUUUUCCACGCUUUGCUGGUAAUAAAGUAUGAGUUGACUGAUAUAGGGAGAGCUGAGCGCAGAGCAGUAGAGAACAGUAGAGCUAGGAGAGCUGUGUGAUUAGACAGUUGAGCUGAGUUAUAGUAGUGUGAGGACGUGUCUUUCUGAAUGAUGGAAUAAUACUAUAUAUAUAUGUGAAAUUACAUUCAUGCAAGGAUUAUCAUUAAUAUUAUCAGUAUAAAGUGUGUUCAAUAAAGUACUGUGAGUUUUAACCAGAAUUGAGUAUUCUUCUUUACGUGCCUGGAUAAUAAGUGAAAGAAUGAAGAAGACUUAGUCGGCAUCCUGAAGUAUUAACAUAACAUAAGUAACCAUACUACUGACAUAACCCAGCAUAAGAAAUAAGAUCCCACGCCAUGUCAGAGUAGAUGUGUUAUAAUAUGUAUUCCACAGUUUUUCAAGGGUUAUAUAUUUUUGUUGUUAAAAGACAAGAGACCUAUUUAUAUUUGUCAUCAUCAUCUUUAGUUUUUUUUGUUUUUUUUUUAAAAUUAAGUAGAUUGCAAAUCUUAAAGGUGAAAUAGAAUUUUCUUUAACUGGAUUGUAUACUGUAGUAAAAUAGACUACGAUCGGGCUGUAUUUAAUGUGGACCCAACGAACAGAUCAGGACGUAUUUUAAACAAUAUAUAUUUUUUACUCUAAAUGAUUAACUUUAUCAUAUAUCUUGCAGUAGUGCCUUCGUGACCUUCCAAAGUGUUGACAUGGCCCAACAAGCCAUAACAGGGGUGAGCCUAAAAUAAGCCCUAAGAUAUAUUUAUUUUUUAAACAUGGUCAAAUAUGUUAAAACAACACAAUUAAAUAACAAAUAGAUGCCAGUAUACAUGAGAGCAAGACCAGGACACGUAGAUCUAAUCAUGCUAUAAUAAAAAAAAUAGAUGCUUAUUUUUUAGGACAAUUUGACAGCGGUUUUUGCAAAUAAUUUUAAAACAAAUCUUUUAUAGUUAAAUGGCAGCAAGCUGAACAACAGCCUGCUGCGUGUAGAGAUGGCCAGGAGACAGCCGGUGUUUGAUGCCACUGCCGAAGAUUCCUCAUCCUCAAAGUGGGCCAGCAUAGGUUUGUAUAUAAUUUUGAUUAGUCGAUUUUUAUAAAAAAAAUACAUAUACUAUUUCCUGAUUCUUGUUUUAUCACAUUUGAAAUAAUAAAAAAUUGUAGUUGGAUUUUUCAUUAAUUAUUUCCGCCAUCGUAAUUAUUCAUUAUCAAGUUCCUCAAUGGGAAACAUUUAUAAUAUAAUUAACUUUUAAAUGUGUUCAAUCUCGUUCUGGUCUUGUGUUUACAUCAAAAUUAAUUUCUAUGUUUGUUCCAGCUGCCAACAAUUCUCAGAAGGGGACCCCUCACAAAGAUAACAGAGCUGUGGUCACCUAUGAUGAGAGUGAUAUGUUCUAAACAAAAAAUAUGCUCAGGACCAGUGUGGCAUAACAAUAACAGGCACCUUAAGUGUGUGGGGUGGGGUUUGGUUGAAGCUAUCAACAGAGAAGCCAUAUUGUCUACAAUGUUUUAAAUUAAUGUCCAAUUUUUGUUUCAAAUGAAACACUAAGAUUGUUAAAAAGACUGCCACCACCAGGUAUGGAAUUGCCCUUCUACUUCUACACCACCACCCCCACAUGCACACACACAUGCCCUUCAUUUUGGUUACUUCCCCUGGACUAUAAACAAUGUACAGGACAUAUUUGCAAUGUUUUUGAGUUCAUGGCUUCUAUAUUAUGUUAAUCAUUUCAUUCUCUUAUUAACUUUAAUGCUGACUCUGUGAGCAGCAGGAACUCUUUAUGUAUUUCACAUAUUUUUCCAUUCUUUAUAAACCUCACUUGAAUGAUUAGAUUUAUGUCAAAUUAAUGUAAUUGUCCAUGAAUUAACAGUGAACCUCAAAUUCUUGAGAUGACUUUUAGAUUUAUUACACUAUUUUUUUAUUUUUAACAUCCCUAAAGUUUGAGGAAACCAUUAAAAUCUUAUUUGCUAAAAUUCAUAAAAAUAGUUUUAAAAAUAUAACAUUUAAAACAAAUAAUAAUUUAUUUUUUUUAAUUCAUUAAUUUUUUUAACUUUUAACAAAUUGAUAAAUGAAAUCUUCAGAAAAUUGAGAAAAUCUUUCUUUAAAAUUUAAAAAAAAAAUGUGUUUGAGAAACAUUGAUGUUGAAUAUUGUUGUAGAAUAUUGUUGAACCUAUUGAUACUGAGUAACAAUAAAAGAUGUUAAUGAUGUCA